AUGAACGGUGUUCCGAAUUCGGAUUACAAUAUGUCGUUCGUGGAUUCCUAUAAAAGGUUUAUGGAGAGGAACAGCGAUCCACGGACGGAGAAUUGGUGGCUGAUGUCUGGGCCUGGACCACUGUUGACGCUGCUGGCGACCUACCUUUACUUCUGCACCUCCAUUGGCCCACGUUACAUGAGGGACAGGAAGCCAUACUCCUUGAAGCAGCCCAUCAUCGUCUACAACGUCACCCAGAUAGUGAUGAGCAUAUUCCUUGUCUACGAGGGCUUAGUCUCCGGCUGGUGGAAUGACUACAACUUCAGCUGCCAACCCGUGGACUAUUCUUACGAUCCGAAGGCAUUUAGGAUGGCGGGGGCAGUAUGGUGGUACUUCUUCGCGAAAAUCGUCGAGCUACUCGAUACGGUAUUCUUCGUUCUUAGAAAAAAGAACAAGCAAAUAUCAUUCCUUCACCUGUACCACCACACAAUGAUGCCAAUUUGUGCCUGGAUUGGUGUUAAAUUUCUACCAGGUGGUCACGGAACGUUGCUGGGCGUCAUCAACUCCUUCAUCCAUGUCAUCAUGUACACCUACUAUCUCAUCUCAGGACUUGGUCCACAGUAUCAAAAGUACUUAUGGUGGAAGAAACAUCUUACUAGUCUUCAACUGGUCCAGUUCGUGAUCGUGUUCUACCACAAUUUCUCCGUGAUGUUCUGCGAUUGCAACUACCCGAAGUUCAUCAAUUUCCUAUUGGCACUCAAUGCAGCUCUCUUCCUUUAUAUGUUCGGCACCUUCUACUACCGCAACUACGUUCAGGUCGACACAAAAAAGCGGGAUGAACCAAUAAACGGUCAAGCCAAAAUAAAUCAUGUAACUGUGGCUAAUGGGAAGACGAAAGAAUGC